AUGGAGUUAUUGAGAAAAGCCGAUGUCCAUCGUGCCGUGGUGAACAGUUUGCGAUUGGUUGUUCUGCGGGAGCGGAAGUGGAUGGAUGUCGUGGUGUCCCGAUGGAGUGCCAAUUCUCAUACUCUUCCGGUAGCUUGGGAUGAGACCGGACCCACUUUGGAGGAUGUGGGCUGUCUGUUGAGGUUGCCCAUGUUGGGAAAAGUUGACCCGUCCGCCGGGAGACUUUCUCCUUCACAACAAGAUAUGGUCGAUGCACUGCGGAAAUCCGUUCGCCGGGAGAAGGGCCACAAUGGAGAUUUGGGUGCAACGAAGGCCGGGGAGGAAGCUCAUGUAGUGACGGACGGGUCGGGAUUGAAAGAAUCGGCUCACUUGGCAGCGUUCUUAGCCUAUUGGCUAACUUGGUACAUUUUUCCUGGUCCUCCGAAGGAUGGUGUUGAUACGACAUUGUUUGAACUUGCGACGAUCCUUGCUUCCGGGGAAUCCGUACCGUUGGCCCCGUUGUUUUUGGGGACUUUGUUCAAAAGAUUAGACAUGCUUCAAGAUGCGGCGCGACGCUCUUGCGGGAGGUAUGACUUGCCGAUUUAUGUGGCCACCAACUUUCUUCAUAUGUUCUUGUUUGAGCGGUUUCCUAAAGUUGCACCUAAACCGAAUGAUUUUGGGGCGGGUGGUAGUGGAGAGAGGGGGGAACCGUGCCGAAAUGUAUGCCGAUCGGCGCGAUGGUCAGGAAGUGGCAUCCAGGAUGUGCAGGGUAGUAUUGCCGAUGUUCUUGAUGUUGAGGGAGAGUUUGUUACUCGAUCGUAUGUGAACACGCCGAAGGGGGUAUUUCCUUUUAACGUGUACUUGGAGGAGGAUGUGGUGGCCUUUGCGAAUAAGGAUGAUGCAUCCACGACGGAGCUUUUUAGGAUGAGUUGUAUGAUGAGGGGGGAGUUACCAUAUUUUGUGAAUGGGAAGUAUGGUUCUGUGAUUUACGAUCCGAUGAGGGUUGCACGCCAAUUCGGGUUGAUCAGGGGGUGCCGAAACCAUUUCUGCCAUCGGGGGGUGUGGAGAUGUGUGGAAGAGGUUCCUGAAAUCGGCCUUCCCGGCGGAGCUUAG